AUGGAUCUCUCUGGGAAACUUAUUAUCAAAGCUCAACUUGGACAUGACUUGCGACGAAUCCCAAUACAUAAUGAGGAAAUUACUUACGAUGAACUUAUUUUGAUGAUGCAACGUGUCUUCAAACAGUAUAUUACAAAGGAAGAUGAAUUAUUGGUAAAAUAUAAAGACGAAGAUGGGGACUUUAUAACGAUUGAGGAUGAAUCUGAGCUAUCCCUUGCCAUACAGUCCAGCAAGGUGCUACAAAUUAAAAUCUUCGUUGUAAACAAACCUGAAAUAUUACAAUGUACUGCUCCAUUUAAAAACAGAAAAGACGAUGAAACUAAAAAACUUGAAUCAGGCGAUACGUUUUCUUUAGUUUAUGAACUUCAACGGCUUGGUAACCACAUCCUAAACGUAGCUGAUCGUAUUCAAAAGACGCUUUUUGCCAACAAUUCCAUGGAUAUAGCUCUCACUAACUGUAAUCGACUUGAAAUAGUAAACAAAACAGACUCAAUAUGCAACCCGGAGAGUAACAAGGAAUUCGAUCCGUUAUCUAAUGUCCGAUCUACAGGUGUUACAAUCUCUUCUCCGAAUCCACCCAUCUACUUAUCAUCAGUCAACAGCUCAGAUAACAUUUCGAAAUCAAAAUCUUGUGAAAAUUAUAUGGUUUCCAAAUCAACUUUCUCAACGGCUGGAAUGUUAGACAACGAGGGGCUAAAUUCGACUAAAAAGUCUGCUGAUCACGACCCUAUAGAUCUUCAAGCACCGUUUGAAAAUAAGCUUGAUACGAUUGGCCAAGCACCUACUACAUUUAGUCAUUCUAAUGCAGAAGCGGUUGUAUCAGCGGUGCCUAAUGUUAGUUCCACACUCUCCACUACGAUACUGCCGUCUCAGGGUCAACCGUUGACACCAAAUAGUCAGAUAUCAUCAUUUUAUCAACAGCCUUCAGGACAUCAAAACCAUCUUUCCUCCCAAUCUCAAGUACAACCCCCAAUACCUAUAUCUCCUCAAAACUCAACACAACCUAUAAUUCAUGGCAAUGAUGCUCUUAGGAUGCCUAGCACAUCCACUCCGAUGUUACAACAGCAUAGUACUCCGUCUUUCAGGCCUCCCGGUUUGGCAAACAUGCCACCAAAUAUGGGUCCUUAUGCUCGUCAAACUGGAACACCAUCAAACACCAAUAGACCUAUGGGCAUCCAUGUAACUCCUCCAAAUCCAUCACCUAACAUGUUUACACCUGUACUUCCACCGUGCGAUCCUUCAGCUGGUUUAGGGGCACCACAGCGACCAAUUAUGCAGCCUCUUUCAGGUUGUCCUAGGAAUUCUACGACACAAAGUUCAAUGCAGUCCACGCCCAUGAUUCCACAUGGUAUGUCAUAUCCACCUAUGUAUCCUCCUCCAGUUCAAAGUAUGAAUCCUCCAACACGUCCCACGUGUCCUCCAAUUCAAAAUAGUUUUGUGACUGGUUCCUACAAUUCAAUGCAUUCAAGUGCUGCCGUUCCCGUAACAUCACCAACUACUUUAUCAAAAGCGAGUCCGGCUCCUAAUGAGACUCAUUAUUACACUCCAUCCUAUCCUAAUUAUCAACAAUAA